CAACGUCAGUGUUGAGUUUAGAUUUUUGACUAUUUCAUAAAUUGUGUCAAUUUUUCGCGCUUAAUUCUGUGUUUGUUAUCAACCUUUGAAUACACAUUUUAAUUUGUAUCCUGAAGACAUAAAGUAAAAAUAUUCCUCGGUACUCAGAGUUCUUAUUUUCUUAAAUCAUGGAGGGGGCCACCCCCGACAUUCCUCGUCGGACGCGUGCUGCUCUCGCUGAAAUCCCGGCUCGAAUGGAUCGUCUUCGGAUGACUCCUCUUCAAGCCAUCACUGUGAACACCAGGGAGGUUUCCCCUGGCCUACCUAUUGGGUACCUGAGUCCAGCACCAUCUCCUGAUGAACAACUCAUACAACAAAGAGGUAGGAAGCGUGCUCCAGUGAAUUGGUCCCCCGACAUUGACACAAAGCGCAACUCCACUUUUCAUUCAGCCGUUCGUACGCCUCCAAGAGAAGGCUCCAGUCGCAGUUCACCUCCAAAACUUGGUGUGACAUUACGUUCGACCCCACGUAAGCGUUUAUUACUGGACGAAGAACGCGUUCCUAUAACUCCCGAAAAAAUAGACUUCAGCGAUCUAAGUACGCCUCAAAAAUUCAAAAUCACCUCCCCAGUUAAAUCUACCCCACCAAUAAAACGCUGCCGUUUAGAAAAACUCCUUGACGCCGAUUACAAAGGUCCCAUUGAUACACCGCUCAAAGGUCUCAGUCCCACCCAAUUAAUAAACAUUAUCAAAAAAAUUGCACACAAACAUCCCGAACUCGAUGGGGAGAUUCGCAGUGAGUUGCCCCUUCCCGAUCUCUCGCCAUUAGAAGAACGACUGAACUAUUUAAAAUCAAACAUAUUUAAGAGUCUCCCAACAUCAAGACUGACUUCUAAAACUGAUUCACCGGCAUUCUCUAGGGUUGCCACACAUCUUGCCGCGUUCAAAAAGUGUUUGGUUGACCAGGGGAAAGUGUUGGUAGAGUCCCAGCACUGGGAGUCGGUUCUUCAAUAUGUCUUUUUGGCGUGGAGUUAUGUUAGGGCCACACCGGUGUGGGACAAUCAGCCACAUAAUGUUCAGAGGAAGCAGUGUUUUAGGGCUUUGACAAACUUUUGUAUGACGGCCUUAAAAAAGGGCGUGUUCACAUCAGAUGUACUAAUCGAUGCUCAGGAUAAGUUGCAGUCGAUGGAGGCUGACAGCGAAGAUGUUAAGUCAAGUGUUAAGUAUGUUGAAAGUUUACUUAAUGAUAUGUAGUUACAUUGUACCUCAAAAUUAAAUGCUAUUUUUGAUUACUUUACAUACAUGUAAGUGACAAUUUGUGUAUUUAAUAAUUUUAAGACAAACAUGAAGUUGCCUUGUGUAGUCUAAUGUCAUAAACAGUAGUUUAAUUUACAUCUAGGUUAAUGCUUUUAUUGUAUUGCUUAUAGUAAGUAAAAACUAAAUAGUUAAAAUUUAAGACUAUUUUUUGAUACACUGUUUAUUAAUGUCGAGUAAACCUAUUUUAUAGUGGAUUGUUAGUGAUUUUAGCAUGACUUGUAUCAAAUUAGUGCCUUAAAUAUAGUAAGUGCCUCCCAAGUGACCAAAUAUCAGAUGAUAUGAUGUAGAAUAAUAAUGUUGUGGUUUAUAAUAAAUAUUGUGUUUGAA